CUCUGAGACUGGGUCAGCCGGAGGAACGAGCCGUCACAGAUCUCAGCGAGACUAGCGCGAGCGCAGCCCGUUCACAGUACAGCACGAGACGCGCCUCUGCACCUCUCCGAUUCACAGUCUCUCCAUCAUUGACAGUAGCAAAAUGCCACUGGGAGAGGACGGACACUCUUGGAAAAAGAAAACGUCCAACAUCAAGGACAUCUAUGACUUCAAAGAGGUUUUGGGAACAGGGGCUUUUUCUGAGGUGAUGCUUGCAGAAGAGAAGAGGACGAGAAAACUAGUGGCGAUAAAAUGCAUCGUGAAAAAAGCUCUGGAGGGGAAGGGGAGCAGCAUUGAAAAUGAGAUUGCCGUGCUCCACAAGAUUAAACAUGCCAACAUAGUUUCCCUGGAGGACAUCUUUGAGAGUAAAUCACACCUCUACCUGGUCAUGCAACUAGUGUCCGGUGGCGAACUCUUCGACAGGAUCGUGGAAAAAGGAUUUUACACUGAGAAGGAUGCCAGUAAGCUCAUCCAGCAGAUCCUGGACGCUGUGAAGUACCUGCACGACAUGGGCAUCGUGCACAGAGACCUGAAGCCAGAGAACCUGCUGUAUUACAGUAUGGAUGAAGACUCUAAAAUCAUGAUCAGUGAUUUUGGCCUGUCGAAGAUUGAGGGUUCAGGUAGUGUGAUGAGCACAGCAUGUGGCACUCCUGGAUAUGUAGCUCCUGAGGUUCUGGCACAGAAGCCGUACAGUAAAGCAGUGGACUGCUGGUCCAUCGGGGUCAUCGCUUACAUUCUUUUGUGUGGCUAUCCACCAUUUUACGACGAGAACGAUGCCAAGCUCUUUGAGCAGAUCCUGAAGGCAGAGUACGAGUUUGAUUCACCGUACUGGGACGAUAUCUCUGACUCAGCUAAAGAUUUUAUUGUGCAUUUAAUGGAAAAAGAUCCCAGCCAGCGUUACACGUGUGAACAGGCUCUUCAGCACCCAUGGAUCGCUGGAGACACAGCGUUGGAUAAGAAUAUCCAUGAAUCUGUCAGUGCCCAAAUUAAGAAGAACUUUGCCAAAAGCAAGUGGAAGCAAGCAUUUAAUGCCACAGCAGUAGUGCGUCACAUGCGCAGGCUGCAGUUGGGAACCAGUCAGGAGGGCCAAAUGCAGUCCACCUUGCCCAGCCCCUGCCACGGACACCUGCUGCUGCCCGAGGGUCAAGAGGAAGAGAGCUCCCUUCGGAGGGAAAGUAGUGGCUGUUCCGAGGGUGUCAGUGAUGGGAAUGACAUCCAGAACUGCACCUACCAUGUCCAUCCCACUAGUCAGGUCUGAGUGUCAAUCAUCCUGCAGUAACCAAUGACUGACUGUCCUGUUUUUCCACUGGAGUCCUGCCACACCCCCAGUCUGGCCAGGAAUACUGAGUAGCUCCAGCAUCCUGCCACUCGGAGGCGCUGCACUGUAAAGAACCCAGGUGGGAAUGGGGUCACUACUAUUCCAACGGAGUGGUUCUGUUUAAUGAGAGUUCAAAAGGUUACAAGACUGCCACAGGCGCUUUGUGGGUAAUAUAUGAUAUUGCGGGAGCUGGAUAGAGAUUGGACAGUGGUUUAACAAAUUAAAACAACACCAUCUACUUUCGUUUUUCUUUUCCUGAACUAAAGGUACUCAGGUCUGUUUCUCUUUCAAUUCGAAAAACAGUUGCUGUUGGCAUGUGGACUGGUUUAAUAUACCUAAAUUUUAGAUUUGGUGACAUUUUAUGAGAUUAUGGAUUUUGGCAUUAGGUUAUGCUGAGAUCGUCCAAUUUAAAUGCUUUUCAACUAAGGUACGAACAGAUUUCACUUUCAUGAGAUUCUACAUAUUAGCUGUGUUGCCACAUCUCAGUUGCUUUAUACUUCCAUAAGAAGCACUGAUUAAGUGUAAGUUACAUUUUAGUGAAUUUUUUUAACAUUUAACAUCUUUUUGUACACUAAGUCUGCACAACAAAUCAUUCAGUCAGUAUGUUUAAGAGCGUCUUUCUUGCUUCAGAUAUUUUAGGUGGUGCCUUCAUGGAUUCAGUAUCAAUGUUUCACUCUUUUAUUUGUUUCAGCAUGUUUUGAUCCUUUCAUAUGGGAAUGUUUGAAGCUGUACAUGUUCAAAUGUUGCUGUUUACCCUCAAAGUCACCUACAUGACGUAUAAGGCUAUUCUAAGCUAUGCACUGUCGGUGGACGCUUUGUAAAUGUCUAAUGUUUAAUGCUGCCAUCCUGUAAAUAUUGCAAAGCUUUUGUUUUUUGUAAACCCCUUUCUAUUACGACUUUAAAAGUACUCAGGGGAGAAAUUAAAAUCAGAGAAUUUUUAUAUAUAAAAUAGUAAUUUUACAAGAAAAAAAAACUAUAAGAUACUGAAUACACAUCACUACAAGGCUGUGGUCCAAAUUAUUUAAAUAUAUUUGGCAAUUUUGAUUAUUUUCUGUUGGAACCUGUAUGAAAGUAACCUCCAUUAAACGACAUGAAUGUGUGACUUGA